AUGUUUGACUUUACUCGUCUCCUACUUGCACCUGAACCUCUAUUACUCCUUGUGUUGCAAGUUGUAUCAUCUUUGGCUCAAUCUAACACUCUCGUGCUCAACCAGUCUCUUACCCUCGAUACCGCGAAUCUAGCGACUUCGACCUUCUCUCUUCCACAAUCGUCAACGUCUUGGUUGUUCAUUUCUGUUGCACUUUGUAACGGAGAAACUUUGGUCUCUGGUGGAAAUGAGCCACGGUUCUUUGUAACUAAUAACUCUGCUGUGACCAACCCGGGACCAAGCUCGACCGACAGCGAUGUGUUUGAAAUCAUUCCAGGAGGCAAUGGGAUGGGCAAUUUCACGCUUCAUGGAAGUAGUGGAGGUGUAUUCUCAAUAACCUCUGGGAACGCAAGGCCAAUUUUAGAAGUGGGAAUAUCAGAUACUGAACCUUUACAUCAACAUCUCAAUUCACUCCCUCUCUUGGGUGAUACGACCGCGAACCAAGUACUUCUAUUUUCUACAUCGUUCUCUCCAAUCACUUUCGAGGAACCGACAUACCCCAAUUAUACCCUUCCCGACGCAAAUUUGACUGUACCCAAUCCGCCUACGCAGACUCCGAAUUUCACACUCCUUGUCGGACCAACUAACUCGUUUCCGGAAUUCAAUUAUACGACGAAUGCCUUCGUUGAUGGAUCUCCAAUAACGGGAUGCGCUUUGGCGAAUCGACCGGGCUUGACCGUUAAUACAGGGUCUAACACCGGAAAUGUGCAAACAAAACUUGUGCUACGUGACUUCAACGGAUGGCGGACACAGUGGCUAGCGGGUGGGCUGGACCCGCUGACAAACUAUACCGCCUUCGUAUUGCAGGACAAUACGAAGGUCUCUGGUCCAAUUAAUUUCGUGACCAAGUCAGCAUCUUUCUCUUGUCCACUCGUACACUCUUUACCGUACUGCCCCUUGGUGUCUUACGCAGUAGCGCUACCACCUCCCCAAGGGCAACCUGGAACGGAAGCAUAUGAUGCGACAACGCUCCCCAAUAGUAUCUCUGGCCCUAUUGUAUCUUACAUGUCAAAUUUCACGACCUCGCUCCUCACGUUCGCAUGUGGACGUGAUUGGUACUCGUCUAUAGUAGGUUGCCCGGAUUGUCAAGCCGCUUACCGCACUUGGCUGUGUACUGUGCAGCUUCCGCGAUGUAGCGAAUUUCCAUCCAAUACCAGCACGUCCAAUGUUGCUGCUCCCAGAAAUAAACGCAGCUUCUGGCGACGUGAUGACUCUGCUCAAACGACGUUCGUCGCACCCGCACUCGUGGAGCAAAACGCGACAGGCCCGGUACGAAACACGUCGCUUCCCACGUUUUCUGGAAAUUGGACACAAUUACUGCCAUGUCUUGAGACAUGCAAUGCGGUGGAGAGAGCAUGUCCACCUUUCCUCAACUUCAAAUGCCCUAUACCGCGUUUCAACGCUGACGAGAGUUAUGCUGUCGGCUUCAUUGAUGGUGACGCUGCUAAUCCGGGUGGCGAAUGGUUAGUGCAUGGAGGGACGACGGGGACCGCUCAGGACAGGUGGGGAAAUGUGUGGUGUAAUGGACCUGGACUCAAUAACUAG